CGUCAACAAGUUGAAAAUCUAUACGAGUCUGCUUGAAUAGGAGGAAAACUUUAAAUAAUUUGUGUGUUAUGUGUGUGAAAUGUCUAAAGAAAACGCGAAUCUACGGUUGUUGGGCUCGCCGGUGAAUUUAUCGUACAGAAGUAAGAAGAAAGACGACAGGAAAAACAUACGGAAUAGGCCUAGAUCUGCGCUUCAAAAUUCUUGUUUUACGCCGGAUAUCCAAGACAGUUACAAGCGGCCAUUUUCUGCAGAUGCAAAAGAGAGAGUGCCAUCUACCAAGACUUUCUUCAAAACAUUCAGUGCUGAGCUCCACGACUCAUAUAACAGCUCACUUGCCACAAUAAAAGUAUUACCGCCUACAGCCCACUUACUUGGAGACACCAAAAUAAACAACAAGCAUUAUGCAAGAAAAGACAAAGACUUAUGCAGCAAUGCCUCAGACUAUGGGUCUGAAGACACUUUUAUUAGUCUAGGAACGAAAAUCAAAGCCAAAGCACAACUUAGCCCCAACCCUAAGGCUAAAAACAACAACCAAAGAUUUCUUAAAUAUCGAAACAUAGCCAGAAAAAGCCGCAGAACGAUGGAUGCUCCUGCAAAUGAAGAUAAAACAAAUAACUAUGGGUUAGAAGUUAAAAUAAUUGAGAAACGACCACAAUCACCAUCUAAAAGCAGAGAUGGUAACAAUAGAUGCUUGUCACCUACAUUUAAAACUAGCGCUUAUGAAUCUUAUUUUGUUCCACUGGAACCUGACGCGCAUAAUCCUUUAGCGGGUAGGGUUUCAUUUGGAGAGAAACAAGACAUAGAAAACGCCAUCGAUGUAUAUUCUAGACGCCUCAUGCAAACUAAGCAACAGUUGUCUUUAGUUGAAGAGGAAUCUACGCAAGAUUUGGACAGUGUGCCAUCUAAUAACCUUCUAAGUUUGUCUCCAGAAAAUUCUUUAGAAAAUAAAGACGCGGACGACACAGAAGGUGAUCUAACUGGCAGAAAUACUUAUGAUGUUAAUGAAAAAGAAGAGUAUCCUAAAGCGUCUGAUUACAUAGCUGAAGCUCGGACUUACAAUAGUUUCUAUGAUGAUUUUCGUUCAUGUUCAGUUGACAAUCAUAAGUCCAAGUUGUCUAGCACGAUAGUUAAUACUGAUUCCUCAUCAAAAGAUUCAGGCUACCCUAGCAGCGCUAAUGAUGAGAAAAGCUACAAGCAAGGAUACUCGCUAACCACUUCGAUUUUGAGGAAAUCUAACUCUGAUAAUAAGAUUUCUGAUCAACCUAAAAGUCUCGAUAGUAUUUCUACGGCGAGCAAUAAAAAAUGUCCCAAAGCAUGGAGUGAACCUUUAAAUCAUAGCAGAUUGCUGUAUAAAGACUUUUUCUUAAAGAAAGAAGGGCAUAUAGCUGUGCCUCCUACUAAUUCUCCAAUCCAACCUGCAAAACACACAUUCUCAAUUCCUGAUGGAAGCAGUGAUACUAAAGAAAUUGCUAAAACAGAAAAAAAAGAAAAUUUGGAAUAUCCUACAUAUCUCCUUAACAGUACAACUAAAGCGUACACCUCCAAAGUUAUUGAAGAUUACAAGAAGGAAUUGGAAGCUAUUAACAACUUACAUGAACUUACUAUAAAAGAUAUGAAAACUGAUGCUAUUUCUCCAACUCCAUUGAAUAUUGACAAAAUGUUUGAGCAGCAUUCAAACCUUCCCGAACAAAAAAACACUAAUUCUAAUGCGAAAGAUGAUGACGUCAGUAACAGUAAUAAUCUAGAUAUUAGAAAGAGAAACGUGUCCAAAUUAACAACUAAAGAACUGAUACAGAAUUAUUUAAAAGUAAAGGGUGGGAAUACAAAAGAAUUUGCUAAAAAUUUAAAGAAAUUUGAGAAUAUUGAAGCAAAGCAUAACUGGAAUAAUACAACAGAGAAACGCAGUACACCAGUGGCAAGAAAUUUGACCCAAAGGAAUAUGUUCACGAUUAGAACCCCUAUGAGUGCCAGAAUAGAGGGAGUCAAUAAUGACAAGGACAUAGAUUCUUGGAUGUCUCUUUCUGCGCCUUCACCUAGUGCUCUUCAGUUCGAAGAUGUAGACCCAUCUCCGAUCUCAGAAGAUAAAAGUGAAAAUGAACCUAAACCAAUUGAACAGACGGUUCACAUUCAAGAAAUUAAAGAAUCUGAACCAACUCCACACGUAAAUCAAGAAUCAGUGAAACCAAAAGAGUUGACUUCAAAUUCAACUGUUUUGGAUAUUUAUUCAAUGUUGAAAGACAUUGAAAGUUUCGGAGAGAAUCCAGUGACAUCUGUUGCUAGUUCCAACGUUGUGGAAACUCAACAGAACGAAGUCAAGGAAGAAAGAGAAGUUACGCCUAAGGAUAAUUUUAUGGAAAUAUUCGAGUUUUUGGAAAAAGUUGAACAGAGCGCCAAUGAUGCUCUGUCUGUUGUGACCAGCUCUACUCCUCAGACUAUUCCCAAAUUGGAGGCCCUACUAAAGCUGCCUCACACCGAAAUAGCCCAAAGACUAGUAACGGCUUCGCUGCAACUCGAGGAGCGUUCGUGCUGCAUUGCCCUACUGCAAGAGAGCUUGACCAAUCACAAGGAACAGAUGAUCAACAAAGUGAGCAAUUUGGAGAAACAGUCGCUCCGUAACAUCAGCAGAGUGAAGGCGGAAUGCGAGGAGGCUAUUAAAAGGCACCAAGCUUUCAUUGACCAACUAAUAAACGACAAGAAGACCCUCAACCAUCGUAUCGAGCAGUUAGUAGACGAGCGGCGAUCGCUCGAAGAGCGCUGGAAGCGCUCGGCACAAGCUCUGGAAGAUCGUUACAAGCUGGAACUCCGGAAUCAACACGACAAAAUGGCUGCUGCACAACAGGUAGCGAGGCAACGUUGGGUCAGACAAAAGGCAGAGAAAAUUAAGGAACUAACAGUUAAAGGCCUAGAAGGCGAGCUCCGCGAGAUGGCAGAACGGCAACAGAAAGAGAUAGCCGAUCUAAAAAUGCACCACGCAGAGCAACUAGGUCGCGCACAAGCCAAACAUGCUCAGGAGUUAGAGGCGCAACGGAGAGAGCUCGAGGGGGAGAGGGAAGCUGCUCUAGUGAAGGAACGACAACUUGCCAGCUCCAGACUUGAGAAGCAGAUUCUCGAACUAGAGCUGACAUACCAGGAGCAAAGAACCCGGUUGGUAGCAGAAAUGCGCGCUGAGAACGAACGCGUCGCUUCCGGCCUGAGCGAGAGAGAGAAGCAACAGAAGGAAACUUUUGAGAAAUGGAAAGAAGAGCAAGAAAGGUUGCUUGAAGAAAAGAAACGACAAAUGGAACAAGAGAUAGCGAGAGAAAGAGAGAAAAUGCAGGAAGAAAUGAAACUAGACAGAGAAGAAUUAGAACAAGAAUUCGAACAGCACAAGAGAGAGUUCGAAGCCGAACAGCAGUUGGCGCUCAAGAAGAAAGUGACGGAGAUAGCAGCACAGCACCGGCGCGAGCGAGACAGGGAGAUCGAGCGCGCUAUUGAGAGGAUGGAGGAAGAAGCACAGGCGGGGCGUAGAGAGCUGCAGGAGGCUAUUAGGAGGAAUAAAGAACAGUACGAAUGCGAGCUCCGCGAGCUAGCGGAGACGGAGCAAGCGACGCUGCGCCGGUACCAGGACGCCGCGGCGCGCGUGCGACACGCGGAGGAUCGGUGUGCUGAAUUAGAAAUCACAAUAACUCAGCUGGAAACUAGAAAUAAAAUUCUUACUGAGAAAAAUACUCAACUCGAAGCGGCUGCCGAACAAAUCCGAUCGAGCUGCGAGCAUGCGUGGGCGCAGCGCGUCGAUACGCUGAAGAAAGAGAUGGAAGAUAUGAAGAAAACGCACGAAGAACAGAUGCACCAGCUUUAUGCCAAGGUAAAAGUGGCUGUAGCGCGAAAGGAUUCCGCUAUUCAGGCAUUAACGCGCGAAACUGCCAAGUACCAGGAGAAGAUAACCAUGUUAGAGCAAAAACUGCAGCAGCAGCGGAAGGAUUUCCUCAAACAAAAGUGAACCUCAUUACCCAGAAUUACAGUUAAUUAUUGCGUGACAAUGCAUAAAAUUGACCAUGAAACCGGAUAAAAAAACCAUACUGCAGCGAAAUAUGCAAAAGCAACGCAAAGAGCGUAAAUAAAAGUGAUUCUUAUCGACUGGAGUUAUGGUUUAAUAUUGUAUGAGACAGGAUUUAUGCUACGAAAAGACAAAGUACUGUCAGCAGCAAAAGUCUUAGGUAAUGUAAUGUUCACUUGUGUAGAAAUAAUUAUAAAGAAUUUAAGUACUUUCUCAAAUAUUUUUGUUUUCUCAAAAAAUUGGCAAGAAAAAUUACUUUAAUUCAGUUUGUGCCUGCUAUUUAAAAAAGUAAUCUAAAUGUAAAAACCAGUAUGACAUCAGAGUUAAUUGGUAUUUUCACUGAGUGUAUAAUUUCGCUUAGGCUUAAUUCUAUGUUUAUGAUCUCAACACGUGUGAUGGCAAUUUACACUAGACUAGAUAUACUAUUUACUACUUUUAUUCUUCCGUCCAUGUAUUUAUUAUAUAUUAGGUAAUUUAAUUUAUUAAUUAUGUUAACUGUAUACUAUCAUAAUUUCUACAAGAUGUCUAGACAUGAAAUUUAUCUUAUGUAGAAACAACAAAAAAAUUUCGAUAGAAACAUGAAGUUUGUCAUUUCUGCUCAUCCGUAUUGUAUUUUUGUUGCACCGGCUCUAUGCAUCGCUAUCAGAUAUAUCGGAGCGGCUGAGGUGCUCAAAAAUAUCUGGACUCGCACUCUAACUCCUUGACAAUAGAAGCGUGUUCAGAUAUUUGUGAGCAUCUUAAUUGGUCCCAUAUAUCUGAUGGCGACUGCACAAGCACUUCACAUCCGACCGCAGUUUUUGUGUUCGGAGUGUUUUAUGGCUUUUUUCUUAUUAUUUUUAACAGAAAUAUACCUUAUUACGUAGUGUUAAGGUUUUGAUUGUUUCUGAAUUCACAUUGGAUACAAAAGAUGUGAUGUGCUUGUCAAUAAAAAUUAUGUAAUAUAA